GUUUACCGGUCAUCCCGGCGCGCUUUCCCCACCAAGCUGGAAUUGUACGGAAAGUUAUUUCUACCCAGCUGAGUGCUAAUUGGUCAUUUUACUCCGUGGCUGUUCUAGAUCGGCGGCUGUGGCGGCAUUCAUCGCCGGUUGGUUGCUAAGCGGUACUCUAGGAAAGAUAUGGCUAUGCUGAUCGCUGCUCGUCGAUUGGCGAGUGGAUCCACGCGUCCCGUUUCCUCGGAGUCGCUGCGGUAUACGACGAGCUGCAGAUAUUUCUCAACUUCGUUCCGAGAAGAAAGAGACACUUUCGGCCCCAUCCAAGUCCCAUCGGAUAAAUUAUGGGGGGCACAAACUCAAAGAUCAUUACAUAACUUUGAAAUUGGUGGUGACAGAGAAAGAAUGCCCGAACCCAUUAUACGUGCAUUUGGUGUUCUUAAGAAAUGUGCAGCCAAGGUGAAUAUGGAGUAUGGACUUGAACCAUCCAUAGGGAAGGCAAUAAUGCAAGCUGCCCAAGAAGUUGCUGACGGAAAGCUAAAUGAUCAUUUUCCUUUGGUGAUCUGGCAGACUGGUAGUGGCACACAAAGUAACAUGAAUGCUAAUGAGGUUAUAGCAAACAGAGCAGGUGAAAUUAUUGGUCAUAAAUUAGGUGCCAAAGCUGUACACCCAAAUGACCAUGUUAAUAGAUCCCAAUCUUCCAACGACACAUUUCCUACUGUGAUGCAUAUCGCUGCAGCAGUGGAGAUUAAUAAGAGAUUAUUGCCAAGCCUGAAACAACUGCAUACAUCAGUACAUUCAAAGUCUGUUGAAUUCAAUCACAUCAUCAAGAUUGGGCGUACACACACUCAAGAUGCAACACCUCUUACACUUGGACAAGAGUUUAGUAGACAUGCCACUCAAGUGAAGUAUAGAAUAAAUAGAGUUUCUGGCACCCUUCCACACAUGUAUCAGCUUGCACAAGGAGGAACUGCAGUUGGAACUGGAUUGAAUACAAAAAAAGGGUUUGAUGUGAAAAUUGCUGCAGCAGUGGCUGAGGAAACAAAUUUGCCAUUUGUUACAGCUGAAAAUAAGUUUGAAGCAUUGUGGCGCUUUAAAUACAAUUGCUGUUUCCCUCAUGAAGAUUGCAAAUGAUAUACGUUUUCUAGGAAGUGGUCCACGAUGUGGUCUCGGUGAACUCAUUCUUCCCGAAAAUGAACCCGGAAGCAGCAUCAUGCCUGGGAAGGUAAAUCCUACACAGUGUGAGGCUCUCACGAGUCACGAUGGUCUGUGCUCAGGUUAUGGGAAAUCACGUGGGCCUCACGGUGGGGGGAUCUAAUGGUCAUUUUGAGCUGAAUGUAUUCAAGCCUAUGAUUGCAAGUUCUCUCUUACAUUCUGUGAGAUUGCUUGGAGAUGCAUCUGCUUCUUUUGAAAAGAACUGCGUGAGGGGAAUCCAGGCCAAUAAGGAUUUCUAAACUACUACACGAGUCACUCAUGCUUGUCACAUGUUUGAACCCGAAAAUCGGGUAUGACAAUGCUGCUGCAGUUGCUAAAAAAGCACACAAGGAACUAGUCUAAAGUCACACACUUGCUUUCCCAAAGACAUCGCACCUCUUCUCCGACGCUCUACAGCCUGUAGCUUCCCAUAUCAACCAAGCUCCAGAUACACCAAACAGGGCGUCCCUGCUAGAACGUUUUCCAAUUUUCCAUUCGGCUCUGCAAUCUGAUUUCUUCCCAUUAAUUGGGCUGCUCAACUUCGUGCAUGAGUGACGCAGAAUGGAGUGCGCAGUUCAAGGAAUUAUCGAUACCCAAGAAGCUGCUCUUAGUUUAGGAAUGCUGACCUCGGAAGCGUUUGAUGAACUUGUAGUUCCGGAAAAGAUGAUCGGGCCUACAGAUUAAUUGCCCCCUCUCAUCACAAUAAUUGACUCAUUCUUUUUUGCUACACUAUUCUUUUCUUCCAUCAUUGAUCAAAUCCCAAUUAGAAAAAUAAAAGAUGCAAGGACCUCUCAAAGAGGCAAAUUGGAGAACUCAUUCAAUCCUGACUUGACAAUCCGCGUUAUGAUGUUUAUUGUUUUUAGAUUUCAAAAAAAGGAAAGGAAAAUCUAUAUACUAGUGUUGGUAUUUAAUAACACCAAUGGGGUGUUCUAAACAUGCGUCUCAUCUUCGAAAUGUUCUUGAACACAGUACAUAUAUUCAAG